UUUCUGGUCCAAUCACCGAGGGUUACUGUUGCUAUGUGACGUUGACUGCAAACGUUAAGUUGCUAUGGAUUGAAAAUGAAGUUGGCCGAUCUCUAAACAAACCACUUUUUUAUAUAAUUUUAGCAAAUUAACUCUCUUACUUGUUUUGUUUUUGUUUCAUCAACAAGAAAGAUAAUCGAUUAGUAUUCAGCAAUGCCUCCUCCAGAUACUAUGUACUGUGAACAGCAAAUCAACAUCCCCCCUGAACUACCAGACAUUCUCAAACAGUUCACCAAAGCUGCAAUCAGAACCCAACCCCAUGACAUACUACAGUGGUCUGCAGCGUACUUCUCUGCCCUGUCCAAAGGAGACACUCUUCCAGCCAAAGAUAGGCUGGAGAUGCCCGUUGCCACACAGAAGACUGAUACCGGAUUGACUCCAGGCCUGCUGAAGGUCCUACACAAACAGCUGGCCCCCAAGGAGACGAUCAGUAAGGAGGAGCUGCAGCAGAAGUGGAAGGGUCUGUGUCUGCCCUCAGAGCAGCUGGACACUCUGCUGGCCCUGGGGAACUUCAACGACAACAUCCACUGGAUGCAGUUCUUCGCCCUGGGCUGCAGCGCUCUGGGAGGGACCAUCAUCAGUGCCCUGAAGUAUGCGUGUGAAAUCCUGACGGAGAAUGAGGAGGGUGGAGCGGCGAGGAUCCCCUUUGAUACAUUCGUAGGGCUGUACACUUACCUGGCCCACCUGGAUGGAGAGAUCCCCCAGGACCAGAUAGACAGCUUCCUAAGCAGCCUGCAGGAGUCUGUGGAAUGCCAAGGAGGGAUGGUGCAGACAGCUAACUUCAGGGAUGUGAUUUUUUCCUGAAAUGUGAUUUUUCCUGAAACCAGUCAUUCCUGCUUUUUUGUCGUCAUCCUCCAAGCCAACAGCAUUAGAAGGGAUGAGUUAUACCCCCAAAAGUAAAGUCCCAUUUUCCCUGCCCUGAAUUAUAAUGCUUUCUGUAUUGUGGGCCAACAGACUGCAGUGACUAGGACCCAGGACAGGAAGCCUCAUUCAAAUACGUGUCUGUCUAUUGCCUGUCUAUAAUACUGUACUGAGAUAUGACAGUGUGUGUGUAUCUGUAUCCAUGUCCACUCUUAUGGACUAUUUAUUUACUUGUACUUUGGUUCUGGGCAUUUUCAAUCCACCUGGGACUGAAUAAAGUUGUUUUAUAGUA